AUGGCUCCCCCGCGGCAACGGACGGCAGCCGUUCAGGAUGACUCUCGAUCGGAGGGCUCUAGUACUACCAGAGAACACAAAACUACGAGCGUGAAGUCCCGGAAAGGUGCCAAUGGAUCUCUAGUGACAUCAGUCACUAGUCGAGAGGUCAAGGUAUCUGGGAAUCUCGCUAAUGUGACCAGUGCCCCCGCUGGGGGAAACGCUCUGGAUGUGCCGAAGAUUCCCUGGAACGAGAUGCCCCUUGACCUCCUCCACUCCUACCGACACGCCUACAAACUCUCCUCCCCCAGUGCCUUCACCAGCGAAUACUCCCACCUCCUCCUCUCCAGGGGCAUUGGCUUGCGAUCCCCGACAGCAAUUGCCGCCCAGCGCGCUCACCUUCACCGACAGAAUCAGAUGACAAACGGCACUUCACAACAAUCGAGCACCGCUACGAAUACACCUACCGUCGCUGCCGUGGCCGCGAGAAAAGCUCUGCCCAGCAAUUCCACCCCGGUCCCGAAUGGCAUUAGCUCGAAACACAGAGACCGCCAAACUCAGAAGAAGGGUUUGAAUACCGUGAACGGGAAGAACGCUCUGCAGCACAUUAUCGGUCAGGAUCGCGUGAGCAAGAAUCAACUGGCGAUGUCGGUCCGCAAGCACUUCAACAGCGCCGGCCUGGCGGAACAGGAGGCCAUCGCUCGUUUCCUGUACAAAGUUCGGGAAGAAGGAAGAGGGCGACAUUUCCGAUUGAGGUUUCAACCUUAG